AUGCGGUGCCUGGUGCGCCAAGACAUACCGCUCAACCAAGGCUGCCUGGCGCCCAUCACGAUCCGCAUCCCCGCCGGCACCAUCCUGUCGCCCUCCAGCGAGGCUGCUGUGUGCGGAGGAAACGUGCUCACCAGCCAGCGCGUUACCGACGUGGUCCUUAAGGCCUUCAGGGCCGCGGCGGCCUCCCAGGGGUGCAUGAAUAACUUCACAUUUGGCGACGACUCCAUGGGGUACUACGAGACCAUCGCCGGCGGCGCGGGCGCCGGGCCAGGCUGGCACGGCCGCAGCGGCGUCCACACGCACAUGACAAACACGCGGAUAACGGACCCGGAGAUCUUCGAGCGCCGGUACCCCGUGGUGCUGACGGAGUUCAGCCUGAGGGAGGGGUCGGGCGGGAGCGGGCAGUGGCGAGGGGGCGACGGCGUUGUGCGAGAGGUGGAGUUCCUGGCGCCCCUGACGGCCUCCAUCCUCUCCGAGCGGCGCUCCACUGAGCCCUUCGGCUUGCUGGGAGGCAAGGCCGGCGCCGCAGGAGUCAAUCUGUUGAAGAGGAGGAAUGGACACACCGUCAGCCUGGGCGGCAAGGCGUCCGUGGAGGUGCAUCCCGGCGACCGCAUAAGGAUCCUGACGCCGGGAGGCGGUGGAUUCGGGGCGGAGGCAGGCGCGAACGGCGCAGCAGCGCCGCAUGCCGAGGAGAGGGGCUUCGCUAUGCCAGGCGGGGAGGGAGGCGAAUUCAGUCGCCAGAGCGGCAGCGUGUUGGAGCACAAACGGCUCCAGGAGUCGGCGUAG